CAUUCAUUGUUAUCUUUUGCCUGCCCUCCUGCGAUCUCAGUGACCCUGAGCUGUUGUGCAUCGCAGGUUCAGCCCUCUUAAUCAGAGCAUUAAACAGUCUGCUCAAUCAUUGAAAGUGACUCGCAACCCACUUUCGUUACCGCCCCCAUCCAUGCGCGCUCCUGGCUUCUCCUCUGUUUUCUAGGGCUUUCUUGAAAGACAGGGCUCGGUUCCUUUUGACUUCUUGGGUCUCCUGGUUCUUCUUUGAUUGUUCCAGCCAUUUUGCGACCAAAAUCUGAGCCUGAUCUUAGCUUCUCCUCCACUUUUCUUAAACUGGGUUCUGUCAAAAACCUUCCCUUUCUGAGAAAUAGCUGUACUUUGGGAGUGUGGACUGACUUGAAUCCUACUUCAUCAGUGACUUUUGGCUUUUUAACUUCUCUUUUCUUUCAGUUUUCUGCUUUUGGGUGCGAAUGUUGUAGUUUCUCGAAAUGGAUCGGCUCUGAUUGCUUCUGUUAUGCCUGAGGGACCUUCGAUUCUUGUCAGAAAGGAGCAUAUGUCUUCGCCUUUGGAUGAUUUGAGAGAGCCCUUGAAAUCAACCCCGAUGGAAUCACACUUGGAUUCUUUAGAUGGGUAUGCCCCUGCUUCUGAAUCAUCCGGUUCGCCACAUCUGAUCCAUGGAUACACUGACGUCACCGUCGUCCCGGAGCAUGAAAAGCAAGAGCUUGAGCAAACAAUCUCGAAUCUUGAAGGAGAGAUUCUGCAAUUGCGGCAGAAGCAGAAGUUGUUGAAUGAGCAGCGGAGGGAGGCAUUGAAUAGUAUAAUAGAUAUUAAAGGAAAUAUUCGAGUGUUUUGUCGUGUCGGGCCAUUUCUAUCGAGAAACAGAAGAAAGAACAUAAACCCCAUCUCGACCAGUUUGGAUAAAAUGGUGGUGAAAUUGUCUGGCGGGGCCAAGGAAUUCGAGUUUGAUAAGCUGUUCCAGCAAGAAUCCAGCCAAGAAGACAUUUUCACGGAGGUAGAACCGAUUCUCACUUCUGCACUCGACGGGCACAACGUGUGUGUGUUAGCUUAUGGACAAACCGGCACCGGCAAGACGUACACAAUGGAUGGAGUAAAUGAUAACCCAGGAGUUGUCCCUCGAGCUCUCGAGAAGCUUUUCAGCCACGCCUCUAGGGACAAGUCAUCUUCUCUAACAUUUUCCAUGAGCAUGUUGGAGGUAUAUAUGGGGAAUCUAAGAGAUCUGCUGGCUCCAAAACCGAACUGCAGGAUGCGUGAAACUUCGGCUCGGUGCAACCUCAACAUUCAGACAGAUCCAAAGGGUCUGGUUGAAAUUGAAGGCCUCAUGGAAGUUCAAAUCCCCGAUUUGGGGAAGGCAAAGUGGUGGUACAACAAGGGCAGACGGUCUCGAUCUACCUCGUGGACGAAUGUGAACGAGACUUCUAGUAGAUCACAUUGCUUAACAAGAAUUUCCAUCGUCCGCAAAUGGGAUUUGGAUGCCAAAACAGAAUCGAGCAAGCUGUGGAUGGUCGACCUUGGAGGGAGUGAGAGGUUGUUAAAAACAGGAGCCAUUGGACAAACACUUGACGAGGGACGGGCCAUAAAUCUAUCUCUUUCGGCUUUAGGUGAUGUUAUUGCAGCUCUCAGGAGGAAGAGAGGUCAUGUCCCUUACAGAAAUAGCAAGUUGACGCAAAUCCUCAAAGAUUCUCUAUGUGAUGGUUCGAAGGUCUUGAUGCUCGUGCAUGUUAGUCCUUGUGAAGAAGAUGUUGCAGAGACCGUUUGUUCCUUGAGUUUCGCCAAGAGAGCAAGAGCAGUCGAGUCCAUUAGAGAAAUACCUGAGGACUUGAAGAAGCUGAGGGAGAAAAAGUUGGCAGAACUUGAGAAGCAAAUGAAAGAAGCCGAGGAAGAGUCUCAGAUCGUCACAGAUCAGUUGCUGAAAGCCGAAUUUCUUCUAAGCGAGAACAAAAAGCUCUUCUCAUCCACAUAUGAUCCUGUUGAAGAUGUUGAGAAACCCACGAGCCCCAAGGAUUUAAAGGAAGUGCUCGGGACUCCACCGGCAUCUGCCAAAGUCGUCAAGCAAAUGAGAUGCAAUUCUCUGCCUCGGUUCAUGACCUCCACAGCAGCGAGCCGCCAGAGGCAGAGUGCUUCAGAAAGAGACAUCGUCGGGAGAACAAAAAGCUGGAGAUCGGUGACGAGAGGCUCAAUCCAGUUUUCAGGUUCUCAGUCCUUCAGCUAUUCGGAUCCACACUUGAAAGCGACGCUAGAGAAGUCGAACAGAAAAUCGCGGUACGCGGAACCAAAGGCUCUCCCGACCGAGAGUCCCAAAUGUGCCGGCCUGGAUUCAAAACCCGCUUCCUUGCCACGAAGCAAGAUGGUGACGUCUUCUGAUCCGAACGUGAGAGCGACACUUUGCCGUCACAGAAGGAGGAUGUCGAAUCUGAUCUGACGUGACUAUGGUUUUGGACUCCUGGUCAUUUUGGUGUGCUUUGUGUAGGCUUCUGGCUGAUCUUAGCUUGUGCACCUGUCUGCGUGUGCGUGUGUUUUACUAGUUCAUACAUACUUGUGUGGAGUGUGAGAGGUGUUUUAGGAUUUGCGCAUUUACGCCGUCGGCAUGGGCGGUCGUUUGCUUAGAUAAGGUGGGGAUCGCUCCAUUAUUUGUUCAUGCGAUCCUGGCGACCGUCGUGCUGUUUUGGAUGUGAGUCCAGCCGAUCCAUCAUCGGCUCUGAUAUUCCUAACCCGUUUAGUUGCCUGACGUGGUGCGGCUUGUACUGUCAUAACACUUGUCAAAAGAUGUUAGAAACUUUCCAUUUGCCGAGUUCAAUGUCAGAUGUGAUUUUCGACUA